GCAACCCACGUGAACGCGCCUACGUCAGCGUCAGUGUCCUUGACGUCAGUUGCGUGAUGUCCGCUAGCGUUAGCAAUGUUAGCUGAAUAACGGUGUUGAUGCUUUGAGGAUUUGAUUUUGAGGAUUAACCGAUGUGAUCGACAGACUAUCAAAUCAGUUGUGUGUGUGUGUGUGUGUGUGUGAUGUUGAACGACAACACACUUGACCUCUGCCUGAAGAACCACACAAACACCACAACAAGUGUCCUGCCCCCGCGAGGCAUCAUGGGAGGCCUGGACGACGAGCAGCAGGGAAACGAUGGUGAGAGCAACAGCAAGUGGAUGAAAGAGGACCAGAAUCAGAAUCUGCUUCAACAGCACAACACCAACCCCAACCAGAACUCCCAGCGGCGUCACCAAGAGAAGAACAAAGCUCUGAAAUCUCUCUGCUCCGAGCUGCACGACUGGAGCCACGACCAAGCGCUCCUCAUUUACUCCUCUGACGACCUGAAGGAGAAACACGAGGAGCCCAAGAGAGACCAGCCCGAGCAGGAGGAGAAUGUUUCUGCGGAUGACGUUCAGAGGAGAGAGGGUGAAGGUGCCGUCAGAAACGUUUGUUUGCUGUUGGCUAAGAACGGAGCUCACAGCGAUGAGGACUCCAGCUGCAUGUCGCUGUCGCAGGGGAGCACCGCCAGCAGCACGCCGGAUGGAGAGCCGGAGUCGUACUGGGACGGCAGCGCGUUUGAAACAGACUCUGAACUGCCCUCCGGAUGGAUGCGGGUGCAGGACACCUCCGGCACAUACUACUGGCACAUUCCCACAGGAACCACGCAGUGGGAGCCGCCCGGGCCGCUGGAGGAGAGCACGUCGCCCGCAGAACAGCCGCAGAUGAUGUGGAACGAUGCUUCACGGCCAAACGCCUUCAGCGAUGAAGAGCUCUGGCAGAAGGAAGACGGACCUUCCGAUGACAGUCUGAAAGAGUUUGAGGAAGCCACUCUGCGUUACGCCUCCGUUCAUCUCAGUUGUUCUCAGUAUGAGGAGGAGGAGACUAGCGUGAGCAGUGAGGAUGAAUCAAAGUGUUUCUCGGUGCGUUCUCUGGGUUGGUUGGAGAUCUCAGAGGAGGAGAUGGCUCCUGGCAGGAGUAGUGUUGCUGUGAAUAACUGCAUCAGACAGCUCUCUUAUCAGAAACAACAUCUGGACGACAAGGACGCCAUCUUCGGCAAGGGGAAGGAGAUGCUACUCUUUCUGGAGAAUGAAACACUGAAUCUGUUGGAGCCGGACAGCCGGAUGGUCCUGCACUCUCAGCCAAUCGUCAGCAUCCGUGUGUGGGGCGUCGGCCGUGAUGACGGCAGGGAUUUCGCGUAUGUGGCCCGAGAUAAAGUGACUCAUGUGCUGAAGUGUCACGUGUUUCGCUGUGACACACCUGCUAAGAACAUCGCCACCUGCAUGCACCACAUCUGUUCUCAGAUCAUGGCCCAGAGAAAAUCCUCCCCCAGAUUAAACACUGACUCCUCCAGACUCGUGGACGUCUCUUUCCAGGAGUUUCCAGUACCUAAGAAUGAAGUCGUCCAAGGUUUUCACGUGCGAUACUUGAGCUGUGUUGCAGUGGCGAAACCAGUAGGCAUGGACAUUAUUAACGUUGCUCUGGAGACGGCCCUCGGCGGCAAAGACAAAGAUGAGUGGACACCUGUGACGGUGAACGUGGCGUCAGCGACGCUCACUAUCCUGAAGUCUGAGACGGAGGAAGUUCUUCACGAGUGUCGCGUGCGUUUCCUGUCGUUUAUGGGCGUGGGGAAGGACGCGCACACGUUUGCCUUCAUCAUGGCCGAGGGGCCCGGAGACUUCAUCUGUCACAUGUUCUGGUGCGAUCCCAACGCCGCCGGUUUGAGCGAGGCCGUGCAGGCCGCCUGUAUGUUGAGGUAUCAGAAGUGUUUGGAUGCCCGUCCUCCCAGCAGCGGUGGCAGUGGAUCAUGUCUGCCCGGCCCCCCCUCUGAUUCUGUGGCACGGCGGGUGAAGAAAGGCGUUCAGAGUCUGCUGGGCAGCUUCAAGAGGUCUGGAUCUCAAACGCCAUGAGAACACGGCCUUAAACACACGCGCACACACACACACACACACACACACACUACAGUUUCUGGUUGUGCUCAUGUUGAUAGGUGAAUGUAGUAGAUGUCCUGUAGACACUGUGUAGUAGGCAUGCUGUAGAGCAUUAAAGUCAGCUUGUAUAAUAAGCAAUGUGCUUAUUUUGCUUUUGUACUUGUGCUUCUGCGUUUUGUGCUGCAGUAGAUUUCAGUGUCAGUCAGAAAACACGUCUACUGUGGACGGGCGCCAGGAUUUAUUUUUGAUUCUUAAGAACUCAACAGUCAUGUCAUUGUUUUACUUCAUUUACUUCCGUUCACCUGUGAUAUGUGGAGUUAUGUUUGAUUUUUACACAAAUUCUAGUCUUCCACAGCGGAUUCCUGGAUAACACUCACUUUGUCUUACUUGAAUUUCUUUAAGCAUUACUCUCUUCAUGUUUAGGGCUUUUAGAUGUGCUGUGUUGUUCAUGGAUGUGUUUUAGCUGAACUCAAUUACAAUGAACAUUGCUUGGUUUAUAUUUGAUGUCAUGGACGGAGGGGUUUGUGAGACUGCAGGGUUCACUCUUAAUGUGUGUUUAACCCUGUGCUCAUACAGUUGCUGUCCAGUGACCCCAACCUCUUCUGUUUGUCACACCAUCAAAUGUUGAACUAUUCCCACAUCCAGUGUGUUUUUCUCUUAUUGUUUAAUAUAAAUGACAUCUUUCUGUCUCUCUCAUGCUCACUGUAACAUAUGUUGAACAUUGAAGAAUGUGUACCUACAUCAUGUGUACUUUAAGCUAACUUAUAUGAUGAUGGGGUGCUCUUGCUAACACUCAGAAUAAAUGCUUUUUAUUUA